AUCCUCCUUAACAGCAAUUGCCCAUCCACUAAUCGCACUCAACCCAAACCAAAUACUUAAAUGGACGCCAAGAAGGCUACUAUCGCUGUCAUUGCCCUUGCUGCCGCUGCUACCGCUUACAAAGUCAUGAGUACCACUCAAGAAAAGAAGAACACCGAGGGUGUCUGCCCUGCCACCGGUCAGAAGCUUGCUGGUUCUACUGGAUGCCCCUUCAGCUCAGGACUGCCUUUGCCUGACCCUGCUCACCGAUGUGACCCCAACUCUAUCCAAGAAGAGUACAAGGUUCCCGAAGUGCCUCCCCUUACCGAGGCGCAAAAGGACAUCAUCAAGUCAACUGCUCCUAUCCUCGAGCAACAUGGUGUCACCAUAACUACUCAUUUCUACAAGAACAUGAUCCGUGCUCACCCCGAGCUGAGAGAUGUCUUCUCAGAGAGCGCUCAAAAACUUGGCCACCAGCCUGCCGCACUUGCCGCUGCCGUUUAUGCCUACGCUUGCAACAUCCACGACCUCACUCCUAUUCUCCCCGUCGUCGAGCGAAUCGCCCACAAGCACACUUCUCUCCAUAUUACUGCCAACCAAUACGGCAUUGUCGGCAAGCACUUAAUCCAGGCUAUUGUUGACAUCCUCGGUGACGCCGUGACACCCGACAUCGCUGAUGCCUGGUACAAUGGUUAUUGGAAUUUGGCUCAUGUCUUCAUCAAGCGGGAGCGUGAACUUUACGAUUCUGCUAUUGAAGCUGGUGGUUGGGAAGGAUGGAGGCAAUUCAAGGUCGCCAAGCGAGUUAAGGAGUCCAACGAGAUCACGAGCUUCUAUCUGAAGCCUGUUGAAGGUUCCGGCAAGCCUUUGCCCAAGUUCCGGCCUGGUCAGUACACUGCUGUUCAGAUCGAUAUUCCCGCUUUAGGCCACAAGCAAGCCAGGCAGUAUUCACUGUCUGACGCUCCUAAUGGAGAGUACUUCCGAAUCUCUGUCAAGCGGGAAGAUGGAGUUCCUGUACCCACAUUUUCUAACCCCGAAGUUCCCUUCCACCCUGGAUGGAUGAGUAAUGUCCUUCACAAAGAUUAUCAAGAAGGCUCGAUCAUCAACGUCGCCUCGCCAUUCGGUGAUUUCUACUAUGCUCCCUCCGAUUCCUCGCCCACUGCCCCGCUCGUCCUCCUUUCCGCCGGUGUCGGUCAAACACCCGUCAUGGCCAUGCUCAACGCCCAACUCGCCAAGAACAAUGAGCCUAACUCUCCUGCCAAGCCUAUAACCUACGUUACCGUUGCUAGGAGUCCUAAAGUUCGUGCGUUCAAGGACCAUGUGAAGAAGCUCUCAGAGGUGCAUGAGAAUGUGAAGAGCAGAAUAUUCUACUCGAGACCGACGGAUGACGUGGUAGAGGGGAAGGACUAUGAUUUCAAGGGAAGGAUGGAUCUUGAGAAGAUCAAGGAGGACUUGUAUUUGGAAGAUAAGACGGCCGAGUACUACAUCUGCGGUCCUUCUAAGUUCAUGCUCAACACAAGGGACAAGCUCCAAUCUCUCGGUGUCGAUCCAUCUCGAAUCCACUAUGAGCUAUUCGAGGCUGGUAACCUUUCUGCUUAGAUCAAGACCUAGUCUACAGGAGAUAGAUGACGGCGGGGAUUGAAAAUGUGGAGGAGGUGAAGGCAAGGAUUGGAAGUAAGGGUGGGAUUCUGUCUAUUCCACUUCAAUCCCGUUUGCUUCAACUUAUUUCAGUGCGGUUCAAUCAAUC